AUGAGAGUAAGUGAUGCUCUAGAAAAUGGACAACUUCAAGAUGACUUAAAAUCGAUGAGGGAAGAACUUGCAGUCAAUAAAACAGGAACUAGGAGAGAGGAACAACAGAAACUUUAUGUUCCUCCAAAAAUUAGAACAGCUGUUCAUGAUGCAUACAAACAGCUUGUGGACGAGGAUGGUGCUGUCAGAUGGCAAACUAAGCUUGAAGACAAUAAACUAAAAGCAUCUUCUGAAGUGAACAAGGCCACCACACAGUCUAUAAAGCAGUUUGUAAAAGGGCUCUAUCCUGAAGUCCAGGAAGGAUUAUUACAAACUGCAAUUGCCAGAUAUUUCGAAUCAAUGGCACAGAGAGAACAUAAAGAAAAAACAGGCAAAGUGGAGCAGCACAAAACCAAAAUGCUCCACUACAGCAGGAGGAAGAGGAAAUUGCAGUGGAGAAAGUCCAUGGUGGAAAAAAAAACUGGGUGGGAUGAGGCAAAGAAGAGACGUGUCGGUGAUGCUCUGGUGCUGUCAUAUAUGUCAUCAGAGGAUGAGCACAACACCGACGAUGAAAGUUUUUUAAAAACCAAACCUCUUCAUUGGAGAUCAGAGGAAUAUGUGAAAAUAUUGGAUGAUCUUGAUUGCAAAUAUGACAGGUCUAUGUCGAAGCGUUCGCGCAAACAAAUGAUGAAGCGAAUUAAAGGUGACAUUCCCUCAGCAAGGCAGAAACCGGCCCAGAUUGAACCGGGGCAUGAAUGGGUGUUUGCUCAUUGAAGCAAUAAUA